AUGGCAAAAGUUGACAACGAGAUCAAGGGCCGCCUGGCCCUCAUCACGGGAGCCUCUGGAGGCAUCGGUGCCGCAUGCGCCCGCGCGCUCUGGGAUGACGGCGCCUCGCUGGCCCUGACCUGCUUCAAGAACCGGGAGCCCGUGGACGCGCUGGCCAAGGAGCUGCUGGCGUCGUCGUCGUCAUCGUCAUCGUCCGACGAGGGCAGGAAGAUCUCGGUCCACGUCGUGGACACGGGGUCCGUGUCGGACAUCGAACAGCUGUUUCGGGACAUGGGCCGGGACCACGGCGGCCGGGGGCCCGACAUCCUGGUGUCCAACGCGGGCUACGGCAAGCGCAUCCCCGACGUCCUGGACAUCCCCAUCGACGAGUUCGAAUACACGCUCAACAUCAACCUGCGGGCCAGCUUCGUCCUGGCCAAGCUGAGCAUCCCGCACAUGCGCCAGCAGGGGUGGGGCCGCAUCGUGUUCGUGAGCAGCAUCGCCGCGAUCGGCGGGGGGAUCAAUGGGUGUCAUUACGCGGCGUCCAAGGCAGGCCUGACCGGCAUGAUGAAGAACCUGGCGGCCAAGCAGGCGCAGUACGGCAUCACGGUCAACGACGUGGCGCCGGCCAUGAUCGGAGACACGGGCAUGAUUCCGGACGCCAAGUUCGUCGAGGGCACGGCGGGCGACGUCAAGAACAUCCCCGUGGGCCGGCUGGGGACGCCGGGCGAGUGCGCCAACGUGGUCACGAUGCUGUGCAAGACGGGCUACAUGACAGGGCAGAGCAUCCUGCUGAGCGGUGGGCUGCGGUAA